UGAAGCUCCGCGCGUGUUUCCUGUUUCUGCUGCUGCUGCUGCUGCUGCUGCUGCUGCGGGUUCUAGCGGGUCCGAGGGUCCAGGGGUUCGAACCGGGGACCCUGACCUGGUCCGGGGGUCCGAGUGUUUCUGCUGAGUCAUGAUGCUGGAGCGCAGCUGCGUGAAGGUGGUCGCUGACGUCAUCCUGAGCGCCAAGGCCGGCGGUGACGUCAUCCACCUGCGCUGCUCCAGAGCCUUCGUCACGGACCGGGAACUUUACCGCUCCGAUAACCGACUGCUGUUCUGGGAACCGGCCGGCGCCGCAGAAACAGACGAGGAGGAGGAGGAGGAAGAGGAGGAUGAGGAGGAAGAGGAGGAGGAGGUCCUGGAUGAAGAGGCCCAGCUAAUGGCUAGCAUGGGUCUCCCUGUCGCCUUCAGCAGCUCCUCGGACCGGAAGAGACGGGGGAAACCCGGCAGGUCCAGCAGGAAACCGGUCCCGGUCCUGGUCCCGGUCCUGGUCCCGUCCCUGGAGGAGGAAGACGGGGAGGAAGAACCGGCUCAGAAUCAGAAUAACGCAGAAGGGGGUGAGCAGGAAUCUCAGAAAGACCUGGAUCCUGCAGACGGACGUAAGGACGCCGGCUGGGAAACUUACUGGGCUCAGCACGGAGAGUCUCUUCUCUGGACCGGCUGGCUGGACAAACACCCGUCCACGUCGUCCUCCGAGGACCCGGCGGCUCCGUGGGACGACCCGGACUCCAGGGCCGCCUGGGACCGGCACGCUGAGGAGACCUACCGGUCCUACUGGGACCAGUACUGGUACUGGGCCGGCCAGGGCUGGACCGCCGCCCAGGGGGGGACCGGGGGAACCGGAGGAACCGGAGGAACCGGGGAGGCAGCGGGGACGGAGGGAAUCGCCCCCAACGAGGAUCUGAGCCGCGAGUUCGACCAGAGCUGCACCUUAGAGGAACCCUCGGGGGGUCUGGGGGACUCGGGGGGUCCGGCGGACUCGGGGGGACCCGUAUGCGGUUCUGAGGAUCCCCCUGGGGGGGGCGGGGAGGACAGACCACCUGACCCCCCCCAAACCUCCGGACAGACAGAUCGGGGGACUCGGGUCCCGGAGCGGGUUGGGGGUUCUGGAACCAGCUCAGCAGGGAGGGAGGAUGAGGAGGAUGAAGGUGAAGACCAACCGGGGGGACGAGCCCGGGUCAAGCGCAGUCAUGAACUGGAUCUGGAAGAAUCUCCUGAAUUCUGGACUGAACUCGGGUUCAAGCGGCGGCUGCAGCCGCGGUUUGAUGCCAUGCUAACCUUCAGAAGCUCCUCGCGGCCGACGCCGCGGCACCGGAACAAGAUGGCCGCCAGAAACCGACACACCCGGUUCCCAGACGAGGACGGAGACGGAGACGCCGCUCCCCAACUGCCGAGCCGCUCCUGCCUCCACAAGUUUGUCUUUCAGGUCCAGAGUUUCCUCCAGAAGGUCCAGGAGGACCAGAACCUGGACCCGGGUCCAGGAGACCAGAACCUGGACCCGGGUCCAGGAGACCAGAACCUGGACCCGGGUCCAGGAGACCAGAACCUGGACCUGGAGACUGGGACGGGGACAGGAACCGGGGAGCCUCCUGAAGACGGCGGUUCAGGUUCAGGUUCAGGUUCUGGAUCCGGUCCGGAUGAAGCCGUCUCCCUGGACGGGGGACGAGGGCCGUCGCCCGGACGACCGCUGACACGCCCGUCCAUACCGGACUUCCUGCAGGAGGACACGCCCCCAGAGAGGAGCGAGCGGCGGGUGAAGAAGCAGAAGAGGAAGAGGAGGAAGAGGAAGACGCAGCAGGAAGUGCCGGCGGAGAUGGCGGCCGACGGCGAGUUGCUCAAGUACUGGGCCCAGCGGUACCGGCUGUUCUCCCGGUACGACGAGGGCGUCCGGCUGGACCGAGAGGGCUGGUUCUCCGUGACUCCGGAGCGGAUCGCCGAGCACAUCGCCCUCCGGGUGGCGAGGAGUCGCCCAGAAACCCAGCUGGUGGUGGACGCUUUCUGUGGAGUCGGAGGGAACGCCAUCCAGUUCGCCCUGGCCGGGAGCACAGUCGUAGCGGUCGACAUCGACCCGGUCCGGCUGGAAAUGGCUCGCCACAACGCCGCCGUCUACGGGGUUUCCCAGCGGAUCCACUUCCUGCAGGGGGACUUCCUGCAGCUGGCCCCCCGUCUCCGUGGCGACGUGGUCUUCCUGUCACCCCCCUGGGGGGGGCCGGACUACCUGGGGGCCGAGGUGUUCGACCUGCAGACCAUGAUGGAGCCGGACGGGCUGCAGAUUUUCAAUCUGGCCAAAAAAAUCUCAGACGACAUCGUUUACUUCCUGCCGCGCAACGCAGACAUGGAUCAGGUGGCGGCGCUGGCCGGUCCGGGUGGGAAGGUGGAGGUGGAGCAGAACCUGCUGAACAACAAGCUGAAGACGAUCUGCGCCUACUACGGAAACCUGGUCCAGUCGGACUAAACCUGGUCCAGAACCUGGUCCAGUCGGACUAAACCUGGUCCAGUCGGACUAAACCUGGUCCAGAACCUGGUCCAGAACCUGGUCCAGAACCUGGUCCAGAACCUGGUCCAGUCGGACUAAACCUGGUCCAGUCGGACUAAACCUGGUCCAGAACCUGGUCCAGAACCUGGUCCAGUCGGACAGACGGACCUGAAAACUGACCUUUUUUUUAUUGGAUUUUAUGUUUUUCUACCUUUUUUAAAUUGUGAAUGUUUGUGGAUCUAAUAAAGAUUUUAGGAUGUC